AUGGCGUACGGCAACCCCAGCGCGCCUCAAUUUGCGACGUUCGACGAUCCCAGCACCAAGAGGAUGAUCAACGAGGAUAGUCUCCCGCCCAUGCCCAGCUGGGACACUGCAACCAAGAGAAGAGUCGAAGACACCAGCGAGCCACCACAGCAGAACGCGAACGGCGAUCUGGAGAUGAGGAGACUCGACGCUCAACCGCAGAGGGCGAGAGGAGGCUAUAACAGCGUCCCUAAUCGACCCAUGUCGCCUAUUUCACAAAACCCGCAUCCAGAUUAUCUUCACAACGGCGCCCCUGGCAUGAACCACCCGUAUAACUCCGACUUGGGCGAUCAAAGACUCCUGGGCAAUAACGGUCAGGGCAACUUCCAAGCUGUCCCGUUAAGCCCGCCUCCAACCUACCGCUCUAAUUCCGCAGCGCCUUCAGUUGCGAGCAACUCCGACAGGUUUGCUGCCGGCGCCGCCAGCCCGAGUUCUUAUCAGUAUAACCGGAACCCACCGCCGCAGUCCGGCUAUCAACCUUCCUAUGCCCCGAACAACGCUGCGAGCACGAGAUACGAGCCGCCACAGAACGACUAUAGCUCACACAGAAUCAGUAUGCCCAAGCCGUUCAACCCUGGGCCAUCCCCACCACCGGCCCAGGCUCCAUACCCAGUAUCCGAAGCGUCGCCAUAUGAACCGCGGCCGCCCAGUUUCUUGCAGGUGGGAAGAAAACCCGUUACUGGAAGUAUGAGGGAGGUUUGA